UGCCUUCUGGCGUCUCUGUGUCUAGGAGAUUGCAUUUGCAAGAAGAUGAUGCGGCUGAGCGGCCGGCACGGACUGAAUUCAUAAUUGGCCUAUCUUAGUCAUAAAUUUUCACUUGCCUUGUCUAGUUUCUUGCCAAAGUCCUGUUUAAUGUCGAACUGUAACCGGUGCGGAGUAGAAACUGAUUUGCAGUAACGACAGAAGAAAAAGAGCGAAGCAGUAACUGAAAGGAGUUGGGCAUCACAUUACACCGGAUGUCAUUACACGCUCUUACAUAUCGAGAACUAUAAUCAAGACCAGAGCCAUGGAGGUUGUAACACAUUUUGUGAAUGACACUGUAGAAUUUUACAAAUGGGGCCUUACUAUAGCAGACAAGAGGGUGGAGAACUGGCCGAUGAUGUCAUCCCCCCUCCCCACUCUGGCCAUCAGCUGCCUGUACCUGCUCUUCCUGUGGGCGGGGCCUAGAUACAUGCAGGACCGCCAGCCCUAUACACUCAGGAAGACCCUCAUAGUCUACAACUUCAGCAUGGUGGUCCUCAAUUUCUACAUCGCCAAAGAGCUCCUACUAGGCUCUAGAGCAGCCGGGUAUAGCUACCUCUGUCAGCCUGUCAACUACUCCAAUGAUGUCAAUGAAGUCAGGAUAGCAUCUGCUCUCUGGUGGUACUACAUCUCCAAAGGAGUGGAGUUCCUGGACACAGUCUUUUUCAUCCUGAGGAAGAAGUUCAACCAGGUCAGCUUUCUCCACGUCUACCAUCACUGCACCAUGUUCAUCCUCUGGUGGAUUGGCAUCAAAUGGGUCCCCGGCGGACAAUCAUUUUUUGGUGCAACCAUCAACUCUUCCAUCCACGUCCUCAUGUAUGGUUACUAUGGCUUGGCAGCUUUGGGACCUCAGAUGCAGAAGUACCUCUGGUGGAAGAAAUACCUCACCAUUAUUCAGAUGAUCCAGUUCCACGUGACCAUCGGCCAUGCUGGCCACUCCCUCUACACAGGCUGUCCAUUCCCCGCCUGGAUGCAGUGGGCUCUGAUUGGCUAUGCUGUCACCUUCAUCAUCCUCUUCGCCAACUUCUACUACCACGCUUACCGACGCAAACCUUCCUCCACACAGAAGGGAGGCAAGCCCGUCGCAAACGGCACCUCUAUGGUAACUAACGGUCACAGCAAAGUGGAGGAAGUGGAGGAUAACGGGAAGAGGCAAAGGAAAGGAAGAGCGAAAAGGGAGUAAAGAAGGAAGAGGGCUUGCUUUGGCGAUUAAUAGAAAGAGGACAGUUGAGAAGGAGGGAGGGGAGGGAAGUUCAGACCGGCUUCAUCCUCCCUGCAAAUAAUGUAGAAGGAUGUGAUUUGUGACCAACUUGGAAAGGUGAGAGGGUAGCAGUGUGUGUUUGUGGGUGUGUCUGUAAGGGUUUCUGGAUUUGAGAGGAUGAGAGUGGUGUUGGUUGUCUCCAUAACAGUUUUUUUUUUAAUCAAGAAAAACAAAAUGCUGAUCAUGUAGGCUCCCUGCUCUUCUGUCCAACUUUGUUUUGGACCAUAAUAGGACCAAAAUAUCAAAGGACCUACAAACUGCUCAGCUUCCACUAACUUACAACCAAACUUCACCUCCAACUUUUGUACUCUGGAUUCCAGUAUUGUUUUAACUGAAAGCUUAAAUAGUCUUUAAUGUGCUAAUUUAUUUUCUAGCGUUUUAAUUAAUUUAAUUAUUACCAACAAAAUAACAUGCAGGAGAAAAGAAAUCACAAUAUGACGUUCUCACAACUGCCAUCUACUGUGUUUAACUACUUUUCAUUCAUAUACACCAUCUACCAAUCCAACAUGUCAUGGACUUCACAUUUCUCUGCUGUCUCAAACUGAUAUAACUGUGCUGCAUUUACAGAAUGACAUGCUAUUUUCUUUGUCUUCAUUGUGAAUUAAAAACCUGGUUUAAAACACUUUGGGGGUGGGACUGUAGUUUCUUUUAGUAUUUAUGCAAAUCUGUGGGUAUCUUUGUUAAUAUUUUUUGUGGGUCCUCAUGAUUUAUUUCUUUUUGCUGUGCAAUGUAGCUGAGGUGCAAGAAUAAGAGAGCAGAAGUUAAGCUCAAUAUUGUCUCACUGCCAUGUAGGACUGAAGGGAACCUCAUCCUGAAAAGAGAUUUUUUUAAGAAAACAAAUGGUUAUUUCAUUGUCUUACCAAAGAUGAAAGCGACACAGCUUCUGGCUGCACAUAUAACUGAAAUAAAGACAAUGUCAGCACCCCAUA